AUGUCUCUCUUUGGUAAUACUCAGCCGCAAGCAAACACCUCGUUGUUUGGAAACACCGCAUCGAAGCCGUCUCCAUUCGGCGCUCCAGCAAGCUCAACCGGUACGAGCUCACUGUUCGGCGGUGGACAGAACCAGCAACCGGCACAAGCUGGAACAGGCGCAUUUGGUGCGAGUCAGCAGCAACAGCAAGGAAGCUCAUUAUUUGGGAAUGCCGCCAAACCCCAGACUUCCCUCGGCACAGGCCUUUUCGGGCAGCAAGGAAGCGCACUGGGUGCCUCGCAACAGAAUCAACAACAGAAUCAGCAAGGCGGCCUGUUCUCCGGGGGUCAGCAGCAACAAACGGGCGGUCUGGGAGGGCUUGGAGGUCUCGGUUCCAAUAACCAACAGCAGACCAGUGCCUUUGGUGGAUCGACUUUAGGCGGCCAGCAACAACCGCAGCAGUCGCAAUUCGGCCAGAACACGAUGACGACUCCGCAGCCCCAGCAGCAACAGCCUUCCCUCUCAUCUAGCCUUUGGUCCCCCGGACGUGCUAUCACUGGAGGUGAGCUUUUUACUGUAUUCUCCCGCUAUGAUAAUAUUACUAACAAAUGCUUUCCAGUGCACCGAACUGUUCCCAUGCAAGUAGCGAUCAUUAAGGACAAGUGGGAUCCGCCUAGCCAAAGUUCGCCAUUCCGAGCCUAUCUGUACAACAACGUCGGCGAAGAGGCGGCACCAUUCUACCAACCAGGACCCCAGGACGACGAGAAGAAAUGGGAGGAGGCUUUGCGCAAGCGCCCCGGUCCAGGAUAUGUCCCUGUGCUCGUGAAUGGCUUCUGGGAUCUCGGCAAGCGCGCGCAGCGGCAACGGGACUUCCUCACCAUGAUGCAGACACGUCUGCACGAAAUCAACAACUGCUUGACUGGGCUUCUCUCAAAACAUGAUCUCAAUAUCUCUGUCAAGAUCGCCGAUUGCCGGCGGAAACACAUUAUCCUGAGCAAGCGAUGCCUCGCCCUUGCUGCCAAGACACAGAUACUGCGCAACAGAGGUUAUGCCAUGGAUGAAGCAGAGGAAGAGUUGAAGAGGAAGCUGACUGAGCUGGAACGUGCCGUCUUCGACCCAUCUCUCAAUGGCCGUGCUGAAGAGAUCUGGGCUCGUAUGUUGGCCAUUCACGAGCACUCCAAGCGACUGCAGGCGGAGAUGGAUCGGGUUGGUGUGAACGUGACACAGGCAGAGGAUGACAUUGACGAGGAGACGCUGAAGGUAGCGAAGAAGAUCCUUGAGCAAUACCACCGUCAGAUCCAGCACCUCCAUAAGGAGAUGGAGUCUGUCAAGGCUGACUUCGAAGCGGUGGAGAAAGCCACUAAGCAAUAG